AUGCGGCGCCCAGUUCGAUGGCAACUCACGGCGACCCCAUCCCAGCUGCUAAAACUGCUAAACGCAUUUUUCCACAGGCUGCGCCCAGCAUCGCUGAGCUUCCGGGCGGAUUCCAGUACGGACGGCCCUGAUGUCGCAUCAGCCAGCACAAUUGGUUGGCGACGUCGAGUCGAAUUGAUGUAUCCGCCGACCAACGGGAAAACACGAACGAUCUUCAUCGAAUUCUUAAUGGCUGCUGACCGGAGCGAGGAGGAUAUGCAGCAAUUUCUGACCAGGUGCAUCCUUGGGAAACUGUGGGAUGAUCGGGACGGGCCCUGCAGCAUCUCCGUCGAGAAAAAGCCGCACAUUGGCGAGCCGGGGGAAUACGUCGCCUGCUGCCAAUUCUUCCAGGAUUCUGCGGCAACCGGCGGCCAGUUUUGGCGGUGUCCGGAUGAAGUGAGGCGAGGCCGCGACGCCAUUUCGGAGCAUUGUUACAACAGCGCCUGGCAGCAAGUGUUGGAAGCGGAUACGCCC